AUGAUGAUGGCGAACGCGAAGCUCCAUAAGCAGGCGCUGCUGCCGCCACGGAGCCCGUUCCCGACGGCGGCGGCACCGUCGCCGUACGCCGACCGUGGCCCAAUCGCGCGGCCGCAGGUUGGCGCGGCGCACCACCGGCACGGCCACCACCAGCGCACGUCGUCCGAGAGCUUCAUCGAGGAGCAGCCGCCGUUGUGGCUCGAUGACCUGCUCAACGAGCCCGAGACGCCCGCGGUGCGGCAGAGCGGCGGCCGGGCUGGGCACCGCAGGUCGUCCAGCGACUCGUUCGCGCUGUUUGACGGUGGAGCUGCUGGCGCUGGUGCCGGUGCUUACGCCAGUGGCUUCGAGGGGAUGGGGAGAGGAGGCGGGCAGCCUGCGCCGUGGGGCGGUGUGCAGGAGUACUAUGCCAAGCCGGCCUCGUUUGGGAGGGUACAUGGCCGGCCGUGGGAGCAAGGCAUGCCGAAUUCGGUGGGUUUCAGGCAUGGUGGUGGCCUGCCAAUGCCCACAAAAGAUAAGGUUGGUGGGCAUCAUGGGCCACCGAACGUGCCGAGGGAGCAUGACCAUGGCAUGGACAAGAGAACUCCUGAUGAUGCUGGCCAUGAUCAAAAGGUUGGACCCAAGGAGGGUGUGCUGCCGAAGCAUGCACAGUCAGAGGCGGACAACAAGCGCGCUAAACAGCAAUAUGCUCAGAGGUCCCGUGUCCGGAAGCUGCAGUAUAUUGCAGAGCUUGAGGGUAGAGUCCAGGCAUUACAGUCAGAAGGGGUAGAAGUGUCUGCUGAAAUGGAGUUCCUUACCCAGCAGAAUAUUAUGCUUGACCUGGAAAACAAAGCCUUGAAGCAAAGACUGGAGAGUCUAGCUCAGGAACAACUUAUUAAACGCUUUCAACAGGAGAUGUUUGAGCGGGAAAUUGGUCGUCUCAGGUCCUUAUAUCAGCAACAGCAGCAGCAGCAGCAACAGGUUCCUGCUCUUGUUCGUAGUAACAGCAGAGACCUUGAUGUGCAGUUUGCCAACUUGUCUCUGAAACACAAAGACCCCAACUCGGGCCGGGAUGCUCUCUCUGGGCCUCUUCGUACUUAG